UGCCUCCUCUUCUUCCGCCACCAGCAGCAUCCCAUCACCGCCUCUCGGCAACAGGGCACUGAAAGUCCCUCUGUAUCCUCCUCCGCCUCUCUACUUCCACAUCCCUCUUUCGGAUCCGCCGUUGCCUCAUGUCGUCUGGGAGCGCGGCCGUGCACCGGGAUGUUGCGCCCUGGGUGCCGGUGGCUUCCGGCGCCACCGCCGGCGUUGUGGCGCGCUUCAUCGUGGCCCCGCUGGAUGUGGUCAAAAUUCGCCUUCAAACCCAACUUCAUCAAGCCGGGACCGCUCCGAAGUACACCUCCAUGGCCCAGUGUUUUCGGAUGAUUGCCCGAGAGGAGGGUAUCCUGGCCCUGUGGAAGGGUAACCUCCCGGCCCUGUACCUGUAUGCGGCGUAUGCGGGGCUCCAAUUCUCCCUGGUCGAGCCGAUCAACACCUUCACCACGUCCCUGCUCGGCUCGCUCUCUGGACGAGGCACAAACUCGACGGAUCUCCAACAGGGAAGGAGCUCCUCAUCCUCCCUGUCCAAAACGUCGCCUGUCAUCUCGGCAGUGUCCGGCUUUUUGGCCGCCUCCACCGCCGGAACGCUGACCUACCCACUGGAUCUGCUUCGGACCCGGUGGGCCCUGCAAGCAGGCCAAGUACAAAGCUACUCGCUGGCGAGCUAUUCCCCAACCGCGCUGAUUGGCUCACUCGCGGACAUCGCCCGCACCGAGGGCGGUCCACGGGCUCUGUACCGGGGGCUGAGCUCGGCCCUGAUCGGCACCGCCCCGGCCGCCGGGGUGUCCUUCGGCUGCUACUCGGCGGUCCGGCAGGUGCUUGAUGCACUUGGCCGCUUCCUGACCACAUCUCCACAUGGGCCCGGGGGCUGGCGUGACACUUUGAACACGGCCGGCGUUUGGUCUCUGGCUGAGGGGGUUGGUUUGCCGGCGGCAGUGUCCGGCGCCACGGCCGGUGUGGCCUCUAAGCUGGUGAGUGCACCAUUUGACUUGAUCCGCAAGCGCCUGCAGAUUGUCACGGCAGCUGCAUCGGCCGGGACAUCCACGAUGGCCACCUCGAUCCCGGCCGCAGCAGGCCCGAGUGCAGCCUUUGCCGCACGGAUCAUGUACGAGGGCUCAGCCGUGCAGGAAGUGCCGCGCACGAUGUGGGCUUGCGCUCGGAUGACUGUCCGCCAGGAGGGAAUGCGCGGCCUCUUCCGAGGCCUGACCCCAACGUUGGUGAAGGCCGUCCCCGCCUCGGCCAUCACAUUCUACGUGUACGAGCUGGCAUUCAAGACUUUCUCGGGACUAGGGUAGAUGGAGGGGAGCUUGUGCUUUUCAUCUUCCUCCCGGCCUUCCCCCCCUUCUUUCGCCACGGCUAAAGUGAAAUGUGAGGGUAGGGCCUUUGCCCCUAAAAAUCAUAGACAUCAGCCAGACACA